AUGACGGAUAAGGGAAAUGACGAAGCGGUGCCAAGAGUCACCGAGCAAAUGAGAGAAGUGAUUGCUGAAGAGGUAGGAAAAGCAAUCGAGAACAGUUUGUCGGGUUUCAUCGAUAAAAUCCCAAACACGGUGUUAUCAGUGGUGGAUGAAAGAAUUAAGAAAUUGGAGGAUAAUGCCAAUUUAGCUAAGGAGAAGUUGGGAGAGCGUAAGGGUUGCUCGUACAAGGAAUUUAUGGCAUGUAAACCGCCACUCUACCACGGAGAAGUGGAUCCGAUAGUGUGCCAAAGAUGGUUGAGUGAUAUUGAAGGGGUGUUCGAGAGAACCCACUGUGAUGCAAGUGACUUCGUAGCUUAUGGCACCGGUCAGCUGAGAGGUCAAGCAAAAGACUGGUGGGAUAACAAGAAAAAGGAAAUUGGUAGCAAGGAGGCGAAGGCGACGACAUGGGACAAGUUUAAGGUACCAUUUCUUAAACAUCACAGUCCCAAAGCAGUUAUCAAUCGGAUCAAAGAAGAAUUUAUCCAGCUUAGACAGAUCACGGGAACCUUUCUCGAUAAACUAAGGUUUUGUGAUGAAUUGGUGACAACCGAAGAGCAAAAGGUGUAUUACUAUUAUAAUAUGCUAAGUGCGGAGUAUCGGGAGUUCAUGACUCCCUCAAAAUACGAAACCCUCACCGAAAUCAUCAACGCCGCUCGAGAAAGAGAAAUAGAGUUAACGAAUCAAAUUGAAAGGGGUGAAAGAAGGGCACAAGAGGUUAACCCAAGCCCUACGAAAAGGGCACGCGUGACCGAUUCAUCAAAGAAACAAGAAGGAAAGAGCAGUACGCCAAGUUGUAAAGUGUGCGGGAAGGAACACAAGGGUGAGUGUCGAUUUAAGGAUAAGCCGUGUCCUAGUUGUGGGAAGGCAGGGCACACGGCUGCGUUGUGCCUGGGGAAAGUGUCGUUGUGCUACAAAUGUUAUCAGCCGGGUCAUAAGAAAUCUGAGUGCCCGGAGUUGGUCGGAAAGAAGGACGAUAAAAGUACGCACACAGAGGCACCAAAAGCAAAAGCAAGAUCCUUCCAGUUAACAGCAGUGGAGGCAAAAACGGAGCCCGAUGUGGUCUCAGAUUUAAUUCCUAUGUCCAUGGGAGAAUUCCAAGUAGUGGUCGGAAUGGAUUGGCUAUCCCGACAUCAUGCGAAAGUCAUGUGUUUCCGCAAGGAGAUAAGAUUAACAUCUCCAAGUGGGAAAUUGGUUAUCAUACGUGGUGAGAAAGAGGGUAAACCUGGUAUGUGCUCGAUGAUAAAAGCUUAUAAGCUCAUGAGGCACGGUUGUAGGGCAUUCAUGAUAUACGCAAACAAACCAGACAAGGGAUCACUAAGGAUUGAAGACGUACCGGUGGUACGUGAAUAUGCCGACGUGUUUCCGGAAGACCUACCGGGAAUACCGCCAGAACGGGAGGCAAGGAAUCCGGAACGUCAAGUGGACACACCGGAAGUGAUACCCGCGGAAAAGGUGUGCUUUAAAGUGUAA